GUCGCCAUAUCAUGAGUGUAUACCGCGGACAUACGAGCCAUCUUGUCCAAACGGAGAGAGGGGGAGGAGCUUAUAAAGGAGAUGGAGGAAGGGUGCAUCAGCUACAAUUCACGAAAAUUGAUAGUGAACACAUUGGUCUCACACCUGAUAGAGACAUAUACAAAGUGGCCUAAAACAGAGCAAAAAUUGGCAAUGGCAAAAUGCAUUGUUACCCAGUUUCCUGCGUUGGACAAUGAUGAUCAUGAUGCUUACUUGACCUGGUUCACUCCAGCAAGCCAAAACAAAACAAAAGAUUCAUCAGGUUACAUUGAAAUGCGGCUAAGGAACGUCAGAUAUCGUGAUCCUGCCAGAACGCCAAAAGAAAGCAACAAGAAAGUGCAAGCAAACUUGCCUAAUACAGAAGACCUGGAUCUGUCGUCAGAUAGAGAUGAGGAAGUAGAUGCAAAAAUAAAGUGGCUUCAGGACCACAAAGAGCCAAGGCAACAAGUUCGAUCAUGGAUGAGGGAUACCUGUAAGGCGAGGGCAGGCUACAUUAGAGACAAUAAGGACAAACCUGUGCAAGAGCUUUUACUGUUGUUUCCACGUUUAAUUGACACAGAAGGAAUGGUUGACCAGGAUUUCCGAAUUCUUUUCCCACAAUCAGCAGAUAAGUUAUUCCUCACAUGGCCGAAAUUUUGCAGACAUGUCCUGAACUAUGCUGAAAAGCAGGUGGAUUGGAGGCUAUACCUUAACUUCAAAGGUGCUGUUGAAACAGAUGAACAGGAGGUAAACUUAUCUCUGCAGGUGUUGCCUAUGCUGUUUCCACCGGGAAAGAAGAAAGGGGCAAAAGGGAGAAGUGGUUCUUCAACGAUGGAUGAAGCCCGCAAGGCAUUCGUGCAGCGCAAAGAGAUUGGUACAAACAUACCAGGCUUCUUGGACCAGAAGACUCAAACACAACCGUUUGUGUUAAUUCAAGGUGAAAUUGACAAACCAGAACAAGUGUUUGUUGUUGUGGAAAAUAGCACCAUCCCAUGUACAAGUCUCCUGAAAGGAAUUGAUAUAUGCAUGAAACUAGUGUAUAUCCUUGAUAUGGAUUAUGCUUGGCAAUGUCAACAUGUUUGGGACUUUCUGCAGAAGAAUGUUUACAAACUUGGGCAGGUGAAAGGUAGAGGUACCUCAGUUCCAGCAGUAACACUUCUCAAAACCUAUCUAGAAAACAAGGUAAAAGAAGUUUAGGGAGGCAUAUGUUUGUACAACACAUUUAGGUGAAUUGGUGUAUUUAAGCCUAAUGGAUGUACCUAUAGUGUUCUGAUUUUUGUAGCUUUAAGAAGUGGUAAUCUUUGAUAGGUAAAUAACUUGCAUCAUUUGUGAAGACAAAUCCAUGCACUCACAGUUAGUGAUUUGUUGAUACUUUCUUAACCAGACAGCAAUUACAACCAACAUCAAAGUAGGAGUGCAUUGAUUUGUCUAAUUUUAAUUUCAGUGCCAUAAUGUUUGGGAUUUCUUAAUUGCAAACGAAUGUAUACACACUGUGGCAGGGGAAAGGCAGAGGUACCUCAAUGCCAGCAGUAACGCGUCUUGUAGAAAACAAAGUAGAAGAAUGAUAUGAAAGUAGGCUUUUUCUUUUGAGAAAUGAAUGUUGUGCUACAAACACUACUUCUCAAUAUAUUCAGGUAUGCUGUAGGUGUGCAUUUUGUAUCUAACUGUGUAUAAUUUUACCAAAUUUAGGUGUGCUGAAAAUCGCACACCUCAAGACUAUUUUAGGUGUGCUAUCGAACUUGUACGCCUCAAAUGAAAAAGCCUGAUGAAAGUUUAAACUUCAACAAGUACUACAUAAGUACUACGCUCACCUGGAACAUUUUCACUAGUCCAACAUAUUAGCGCAGUGAUACCUGUCUAAAAACGGCAACCUCAUCUGGUAUAACAUCAUAAAAGAUUACAUCAUGAAAACAUUACAAUGUUGCUCCACCUGGCCCCUUGGGUAAAAGAAAAUUGAAAAGAUGUACAUAUUGUUUUUUGUAUGAUGUCAUACCAGUUGUAGACAGGUAUCACAGCACCUCUGUCUGCAGAAGAUUAGCGUAAAACUUAUUAACUAGUGUUGAAGUUCAAACUUCGUAUUAUGUUAAAUAUCACUACGUAUGAAUAUCUACUCGGAUAUAAGAUUAUAAAAAGUGUAGGAAGGCAUAUCUUUUCGCAGCACAUUUAUGUGAUUUAUCUUUUAAAAACUGAUGCUUGUCAGUGCCAACAUGUUUGGGAUUUUUUACUGGGCAGGGAAAAGACAGCGGUACCUCAGUGCCAGCAAUAACAGCCUAUAUAUAGAAACAAGGUAAAGAGGUUAAAGUGCGUAGCCUACUGGGUUGUAUAUAUGUGUUAGGGUUUUUGUAGCUUUAGAAGUAUUUAUCAUAAAUAGGUAAAUAACAUGAAAUAACAGAGAGAAAUGUGGAGGCAAGCACAUUGUGCAAAUGCCAACAUUUAAAGAAAGAAUGCAACCAAAAGUAACAAGUUUUGUUUACCAGCAUAAGUAGACAAAACUUGUUUUCAUUUGAAAAUUGGGCUGGAAGUAUUAAAGAAGCGAGUAUUGGACCAUUCUCAUAACUGGCAAGUUCAAAAGAAAUUUUUGUUUUCUAAAAAUCUCACAAUAUUGCUUGAAAUUGUUGUACAGAUGUAUAGAUACAGAUUUUUUUUUUUCAGAUUGGUCAAGUUCAGUGAAUUAAGGGUGAAAAUCAAUCACAAAUGUCAACAAUUUUCUUGUGCAAUAAUGUUCUUGCACCCAAACCCCUACUUGUGAAGUCAAGUGGGUAAGUCAUUCAAGUUGUAUUUUUAAGGAGGUAGGGCAACCAAAACAAAAAUUUAGCAUGUUUUAUGCGCUGUCUCAAAAUAUCACCUCUUUUUUUUUAGAAAAAUGAGAUAUGCAUCUUAAAGCAAAUUAUCUGAAAACCUAAAAAUGACAUUGAUAUUCAUAUUCAGGCCAAAUCAGUGAUUUUUUUUGAAAAACUCACAUGAUUUAAAUCAUGAUUUAAAUCGACAUGAUUUAAAUCAAACAACCCUGGAUGGGUUCUUCAUGAGAAGUAGAUUACAAAUUUCUCAGGAUGGCAAUUGAAAGUUUGUAUUGCUCACACCAAAGAGAAACCAUAAAUUCUAAAUUUAAAGACACUUUUAAAAAUGCAGCUGUUGAAUGCCAGUAAAUCAGGACUCAAACCAGAGAAACCGUUCGAUUUUGUCGCCGCCUCAGAAAAAAUAUCUCAAACUUUUAACAUUUUAACAUUUAAAAAAUGUUAAAAUUUUAACAUUAAAAUUUAUCAUUUUAACAUUUAAAAAAUGCAAAAUCUGGUUUUAGCUAAUCUCAAGCAUGUAACUUUAUACAACCUAUUCCUUUGUCCUUAAAGGGCAAGUCCACCACAACAAAAAGAUGAUUUGAAUAAAAAGAGAAAUAUCAAACCAGCAUAACGCUGAAAAUUUCAUCAACAUUGGAUUUAAAAUAAGAAAGUUAUGACAUUUUAAAGUUUCGCAUAAUUUCACAAAACAGUUAUAUGCACAUCCUGGUCAGUAUGCAAAUGAGGGAACUGAUGUGGUCAUCCACUCGCUAUUUCUUUUGUAUUUUUAUUAUAUGAAAUAUGAAAUAUCGUAAUUUUUUUCUAUAUUACAAGUUUUAAAAGGGCUUGACUCCUUCCUACAUGUGGGGAAUCCACUUCUGCAACAUACUGCAAUUAAACAAAGAGCUCCCUUAUUGACAAAACUACAAAAUUUGAAAAUAUUCUAUAUUUCAUAUAAUAAAAUACAAAAGAAAUAGUGAGUGGGUGACGUCAUCGGUCCAUGCUGACCAGGAUGUGCAUAUAACUGUUUUGUGAAAUUAAGCAAACUUUAAAAUUUCAUAACUUUCUUAUUUCAAAUCUGAUUUUGAUGAAAUUUUCAGCGUUAUGCUUGUUUAAUUUUUUUUCUUUUGAUUCAAAUGAACUUUUUGUUGGGGUCGACUUGCCCUUUAAAAGGAGAUGUUAACCUAGAGCUGUGAAUGCUUUGUAUACCAGAUGUAGCUCGAGAAUUGCAAACCCUAUUUUUGUGGAAACAAUUCUUACUAUGAGAAAGAUUUACAAUGGCUUAAAGGCAUUGGUCAACAUGGUGUUCAAUUUUAAAAAUCUGAGCUGCAUGUUCUUACAUGUAUGCUAUCAGGAUGUCUAUUGGAAUAUAGAAAUGAACCUGAGGGGGGGGGGAUGCUUGAAGUUUUAUCAUUUACAGAAAAAACUUUUUAAAAUUGGAUAACUUCAACUUAUCAUCCCAUGACUACUGUGCAGGAAUUAUUGUCUUACACUACAUAAUAAACAUAAUGUUCAUAGAUCAUGUCUUGAUAGUGAAUAUGUGACUUUCUUUUGUUUUUACUUAUGUAAUAUACCUUUCUAUAAUUUGUUAUGUUUUUUAUAUUGUUAAUGUUACCAAUUCCUGAAUUUGGUGUUGCAAUAAAAUGUGUUAUAUGUGAAAGCUAA